AUGGCGGAUCAGCUGGCUGCCCCCCAACUCAAGAUGUACAACAAAAACUCUCAGAUCAAGACGCCGAACCUCGACAAGCUGGCCGAGCGGUCAGUCGUCUUCGAUUCGGCAUACUGCAACUCGCCACUGUGCGCCCCUAGCCGUAUGGCCAUGAUAACAGGGCAGCUGCCUUCGAAGAUAGGAGCUUACGACAACGCGUCUCCCAUACCAGAGGAUACGCCGACGUACGCUCACUACCUGCGGAAGCAAGGGUACGAGUGUGUGCUGGGCGGCAAGAUGCACUUCAUCGGCGAACAGCUGCACGGAUACGAAUACCGGCUUACUCCGGACAUCUAUCCGGCAGAUCUUGGGUGGUCGGUGAAUUGGGAUGAGCCGGAGACGCGGUUAGAGUGGUACCACAACAGUGCCUCUAUAUUGCAGGCCGGGCCAUGCAUCAGGAGCAACCAGCUGGACUAUGACGAAGAGGUCAUGUACAAAGCCAAGCAGUUCAUGUACGAUCAUGUUCGCAAGCCAGCUGGAAGCCGACCUUUCUGCUUGACCGUGUCCCUGACCCAUCCGCAUGAUCCGUACACCAUCGAGCAGAAGUACUGGGACAUGUAUGAAGAUGUUGACAUCGACCUGCCGAAGGUCAACAUCCCCAAGGACCAGCAAGAUCCACACAGCAAGCGUCUUUUGAAUGUCUGCGACUUGGAAGACUAUGACUUCACGCCAGACCAGGUGAAGAAGGCUAAGCGGGCCUACUAUGGUGCUGUAAGCUAUGUCGACGAUUGCAUUGGGAAGCUUCUGGAGACGUUACGCCAGUGCGGGCUUGACGACAACACCAUCGUCAUCUUUUCCGGCGAUCACGGCGAUAUGCUAGGCGAACGUGGUCUCUGGUACAAGAUGUCCUACUUCGAGUCUUCCGUUCGUGUGCCCAUGCUCUUCAGCUAUCCAAAGCUAUGGCAUCCUCACCAUGUGCCACAGAAUGUGAGCACGUUGGAUAUCCUCCCGACGCUGGUGGACAUCGUUGGCGGCAGGCUCAUGCCUGGACUGCCGAUGGACGGUGUCUCGAUCGUUCCGCAUCUGAAAGGAAAGGACGUCCACGAUACUGUCUUCGCGGAGUAUAUGGGUGAAGGCACCAUCGCACCAAUGAUGAUGAUUCGGCGCGGUAACUGGAAGUACACUACUUGUCCAGCCGAUCCAGACAUGCUCUUCAACCUGGCCACCGACCCACAGGAGCUUCACAAUCUGGCCACCAGCGACGAUACGCGAACGAAACAGAUCUAUCAGAACUUCGUCGCGGAAGCGAAGGCCAAGUGGGAUAUGCCAGCUAUUACCCAAGAGGUCCUCAAGCGUCAGCGCCAACGACGCUUCUGCCAUUCGGCACUGAAACAAGGUCUGUGGACACCCUGGGAUUACCAGGUGCCGGACAAUAGCCAGGACAAGUACAUCCGCAGCCAUAUGGAACUCGACGAUCUGGAGCGUCGGGCUCGCUUCCCUAUCGUCGACGCGCACGGCAACACUGUACCAGCUUCUGCCUUGCCGAGUAAAGACAGUAUGGCGCCUACCUUCGCUGUGCCACAUCAAGCUGGAGCGCUUGGUCAAUGA